UCCCUUCUCCUCCUCCUCUCAUCUCCCCGUCCUUGUUCCCGAAGCUGGCACCUACCCGUCACCGACACACAUGGUGGCAGACGACGGCCCUUCGGGCUCUGGCCAGCACCACGCCCCGGACGCUGCUGAGCACGACGUCCUCGACCUUGCCAGCGCGGUCAUCAUGACCCACGAGGUCCGUCUCUCCAAGAGCCCAUACAACCGCCGCAUCAUCAAUUCGUAUGAGUUUGACCAUCGCAUCGGGCGCGGCCAACACGGCGAGGUCUGGCUCGCUCGCGACACGUCCAGGGGCGGACGCGAGGUGGCUAUCAAGGUUGUGAAACGGAAGAAUCCCAGGCAGGACCGGUUGAGCCAACUGCGCAAGCGCAAGCUGCCCAGCCAGCCCCACCUCCCACUCACGGACCAGCUAGGCAGCACUGAACACAAGAUCCGCAAGGAGAUUGCGAUAAUGAAGAAGUGUCGCCAUCCACACGUUGUCAGAUUGCUCGAAGUCAUCGAUGAUAAUCUGUCAGAGAAGAUCUACAUGGUCAUGGAGUACCUGCAGGGCGGUGAGAUCAAGUGGCGCACCGCCAACGAUGAGCCUGUCCUGCGUGUGGAGCAGACAAGACGAAUAUGCCGAGACGUCAUCUUGGGUCUUGAGUACCUGCAUCACCAAGGUAUCAUUCAUCGCGAUAUCAAGCCCGCUAAUCUGCUCUGGUCCGCCGACCGACGAACUGUCAAGAUCACUGAUUUUGGUGUCUCACACUUCUCCUAUGCACAGCGACUCGCCGCGGCUGGAUCAGGGUCGAUCGACCCAGACGACCAGGAUCCUAUUCUGAUGGACGACUCGGAUCUGUCAAAGACCGCAGGCACGCCGAUGUUUCUCGCACCCGAAAUUGUAACCGAUACAUCAGUCGAGGCCUCCUCGUCGUCAAGUACGCUGCAGCUCUCUGCACCGCGGCGAAAGCCCGCGAUUACGAAGGCGAUCGACGUGUGGGCAUUCGGCGUGACGCUGUAUGGACUGCUUUUCGGGCACCUGCCGUUCAGCGCGGCGAACGAGUUUGAGAUUUUCCAGGUGAUCCGACGGCAAGACUGGGACGUGGACCCGUAUAUGGGCGUCGACCAGAUCCCGACCGGCGGCCGGCAUCAGAAGCCACAGAAGAAGGGUGAAGAGACGGAGGGAUACCUUGUUGUCAACCUGUUGGAGCGGCUGCUCGAAAAGGACGCGAGGAAGCGGAUCACGCUCGAUGAAGUAAAGAGACAUCCGUGGAUCUUACGCGACCUGCAGAAUCCACAGCAGUGGCUGCGUGAGACCGAGCUCAAGGGAAGCCAGUCGUCGCUCGAGGUCACCGCCGACGAGACAAGCUCGGCCAUGUCCUCCGUGCGCUUCCGGUGGUCCGGCGUUGCGAACCGCAUCACGCACUUCUGGCGGAACGUUCGCCCGUGGUCGAGCUCGAGCACGCCGCGCGAGGACGAGACGAAGAACGUCGGUGUGCGCUCCGCGCCAUCGCUCGUCCGGCACCGCACCGCGACCGGUGCACCCCACCGGCAGGCGUCCUCACGGGAUCGUGAGCCACUCGAGCGGGACAAGGGCAAGCAGCGGCAGUCGCGCCGGAUGGAUGUGUCACGCAACAAGUCGACGCCCGAUGUGAGCCCGCACCUGUUGAAGAAUGGGUCGAGCUUCGAGCCGUUCGAGAUGUGGGACAAGCUAGGGUCAUCGUCGUCUGGCCAGACGCAUGCGCCACAUAUGUACAAACAGCGGCGCGGGUCGUUUCCGUCCAAGAUGCCCGGCAUGACGCUCGAGGUACCUCCGAAGCCGUUGCGACUAGGCUCGCCGCAGCCAUCUCCGGCGUCUUGCAGCCAGGCGUCGACACCGAGCGGGGACAGUUCGACACUGGAAGACCGACCAAGGAGCCGGUUGUCGCUCUCGUCGUGGCCUUGGAUGCGGGGCUGGCGGAAGCAGGCCGCCACACCAGAGACUGGGUCAUCAACACCACGACGCAGCAGGAGCAUCCGAGGACGCGGCAGGCUUGCGCGGCGGAGUGAGGACGCGUUCAAUGCGGCAGUGCCGUCGCGGAGGAGCAACUCGAGCGGGCCGAUUACGUUUGCGAUGCGUGCAGCGAGCUGGGGUGAGGUCGCGGAUUACGGGAGGCCGUCGGAGGACGUGACGAGCUUGUAUUCGGGGGAUCGAGGGGACGAGCUGGAUGACGAGACCCUUCUCCUCGGAGCGGGCGGCGUCGCACAAAGCCCUAUCCCGUCAAUUCCCAGUGGCCUGCUCAGCACGGUGUCGUCCAUGAGCUCUCAAAGUCUGGGACAUUCACCGCCGCCUACUAUAUCGGCUGCCUACGCACUUCUUCAGCGGACCGACGUCGGCGAGCCCGCGUCAGCGCCCGACCCUGCAGCAUUGGAUGCAGCCCGGCAGAGUCAAAUCCGGCCGCGGGCAAGCAGCCCGCUCGCGCAUUCGUGCAAGAUCGUGCAGCCUAGCAUCGAACAGGCAUUGUCACGUCACGACUCGGACACCUCGAGCUCGUACGACCACGACUCUGAUUCAUCUAUUCUCUCUUACGAUGACAUGGAGCUCCAACCUAGCACAAGUCAGAUGUACCAGGAUGAGGAUGACGAGGACGAGGAGAGCGAGGACGAGGAUCAAGUGCGCCUCGAAGUGCGCACGCGCCGACCGUCCACGUCGCGUACGGGCACGGGCACGGGCACGGGCAACGGGGCCGUCGCAUCCGACAGCUCGCAUAGAGAGCGGCCCAUGAUUUGUAUAUGAUUUCUCUCUCGGUGUGUAUAUGCGCGGAGGACAUGAUUUAUUGCAGCAGCUCAUAGAAACGGACAGGCGUUCGCAUUCACACUUUCCUUCCCCCACCCUCCCCCCACCGCCAUUCACCCUACUAGACAUCGCUUCUUCUACUAAGGUUGUACCACAGUGUCAGCGUUCUCCCUCUCCCCAUCAUGCAUACUGACACCCUAUUACCCCUGUGCCAUCA